AUGGCUUCCAUUGCGGGAAAAGUAUAUGCACUGACAGGAGCUGCCUCAGGCCUUGGAUUCUCGACAUGUUGCCGACUCGCGCGAUUAAAGGCGAGGGCCGUUUCGAUUGCCGAUAUCAACCCGAGUCUGUUCGAUGAAGCGAAGAAGAGAUUGUUGGCAAUCAAUCCUGACAUGCGAGUCUCGACGACAAAAGUAGAUGUUUCUUCCAGUCUCGAUGUGAAUGCUUGGAUCAAAGAUACCGUCAAUACAUUUGGUGCGCUGGAUGGAGCGGUGAAUUGUGCAGGAGUCAUCAACCCAGCCACAUCUCAACAAGCACCAUUGUUUCUGAACGAGACGGACGAAAGCUGGAAUCGGGUGGUGGGCAUCAAUCUCUCCGGAAUCUUGUACAGCAUGAGAGCACAAGUGAGGGCCAUGAUGGAAUUACCCAAGACCCCACGAAGCAUCGUCAACAUUGCGAGUGCGGCGAGUUUAUUUCACGAUCCAACGAUUCUCUCAUACUGUGUGACCAAGGCGUCUGUCGCGAGUUUGACGACAACGGUAUCGAAAGACCUGGCCUCCCUUGGUAUAAGAUUGAAUGCUGUUUCUCCCAGUGCCACCAAGACGGGGAUGGCGUUGCAAUGGUACAAAGAUGAAGAGGAAGCGGUGGCAGACAUGGCGAAACGAGGAAUCACAUUGCUGGAACCAGAAUGGGUGUCUGACACCAUCGUAUGGUUGCUCGGCGAGGAAUCGGCAGGAAUCUCUGGUGUGAAUAUCCCGAUAGGCGCAAGUGCUCCGUGA